AUGUCAAUCGUGAAAUCUUCAAAAAACAAGGAUCAACUUUUACUUAGUGGUUAUCAUUAUCGUCGUGCAAAUAAAUCUCAAAUUAUUUGGUGUUGUUGUCGAAAUGACUGUGCUGGUCGUGUACGUUUUGAUGGAACAGAAACAAUAUCAGUGGAAUUCAAAUCAAAUAUCAGUUCUGGUGCAACAAUAUCGCAUGAUCCACCACGACGUAUUAUUCAUCAGGCUUUAUUAAAUUUUUUUUAA